AUGAAGAAGUGGCAGUCAAAGGCGUGCCAAUGUCGUCGACAAAAUGCGGACACGGACAGGAGAGCAGGCAAGGCUAAAGUCAGCCGUGUAGUGCCAGUUGGCAUGCGUCAGGGGGUCCAAUCCGGCGCUAUGCAGGGAUGCCCUGGUGAAGACGCCGAGCAUGCGAAGGCCACAUGGGAACGUCGCACUCGAGUUGCUGCACGUUGA